AUGAAAUUUGAUGAACAUAUAUCAUCAUCAUUAUGGAAUUUAAUAGAAUUAUCAUAUGAUUGUCUUAAUGGAAUUAAAAUUUGUUUUCAUAUAUUAUGUUUAUAUAAACAACAAAUACAAAAAAUUCAAAAAACACAUUCAUCAGUACCUGGUAUUGUUGUUGUUGGUCUUUUACUUGAUUAUUUAACAAGAUAUUAUCAUCAUAAAAAAUCAUUAACAACAAAUAGAGAUGAACAAAUGGGUUCAACAUUAGAAACAUCGUCAUCAUCAACAUCAACAUCGACGAGUAGCUUUUUGAAUACAAGGCGAUGA